AUGGCUCCAUCGAAACAGUUCGAGUACCAGCAGACCACGAUUUGUAGAGACAUCGGGCCCAAGGCCCCAAUGACGAAGGCCAUGAUGAAGACCAUUAUCGGGUUCGGUCUCUGCCCCAUUUGCCAGGAGCAUGCACUAGAGACGGAGGAGAAGCUAAAGGUGGAGAAGGAAAGCAAGGGGCAAGAUGAAGAGAAAGAGCCGAAGUGUCUAUUCAAAGGUAGAAGGACUUUCGCAUUCACCAAAGGCCCCAAACUGCUGGAUGUGCGCAUUUCAGAUCUGUCCGUUGGCGCGGAUCCGAUUUGGACGGACGGACCUUCCGAUUUGGAUCGGAACUCUCUAACUGAAUGUGUGCCGGUACCUUGCAACGGCAAGGCGUCACACUGGCUGAUUCUCAUUGAGCCAUUUCGACCCGGCCAAGCGGAAAGGGCUCUCGAGAUAAUGGAUCAAACGGAACCUCUAGAACGACCUGCCAACUGGGAUCGAUAUAAAGACGAGCAUCCUAUCAGGUUCGAACUCACCGACGGGCGUGGCCUGCCGUCUUAUUCUGAUUUCUAUUGUGCACUUGCAACGGGUGUCCCAAUCCUGAUCACAGGUCUACAAGAUCUCCCAGAACACAUCCUGACACCCGAAUAUCUCAGGCGCAACUUUGGCACUGAAGAAGUCACCGUCAUAAAUACGGUCACCGGUGAAUGGCAAGAAGCCACCCUCGAAGAAUUCCUGGCGACACUCGAUCAUGCGGAGAUGCAGAACCCACCGUUGAAGAUAAAGGACUGGCCCCCCGCAGUUGAUUUCCGAAAUAAAUUUCCUCGCCUCUACGGAUGGUUUCAAAAGCAUUUGACCGGCCCAAACAUCACUACUUACGAAGGAAAUCUCAAUCUCGAGUCUAGCAUGCCAAGCGGCUCAUGCCCUCCAGAUACAGGUCCCAAAGGUUAUCUGGCACAUGGGGCGGCGGGAGGGGUCAGCACGCACCUGCACAUGGACGUGACGGAUGCUACAAACCUCAACCUCUAUGCUCGCCAUGCCGAUGGCACCCCCGGCGGAGCUGUCUGGACUACCAUCCAUCGCGACGACGUGGACCGUGCUACGGAUUGGUUGCGUAAGAACAAAGUGAACCAGUUCAAGGGACACCCAAUACACUCGCAAACAAUAUUCCUUACGGAUGAUGAUGUGGAGCGACUCAAGGCUGACAAAAUUCGUGUCACCAGCUUCAAGCAAGGAGAAAGGGAUGCUGUUAUCUUACCCGCCAGAGUACCACAUCAGGUUGCCAAUGAUUCCUUUUGCACGAAAAUUGCGAAAGACUACAUUGUGCCCGUCAACAUCAGACAUUCGGCCAAAGUUGGACACGAGCUUCGAGCGCAUAGGCUGGCGACCCGUGAAGGCGACGGACCUGUUGAUGGCGAGGAUAUCUUACAACUGAACUGCAUGGCCUGGUGGUUCCUCCAACGUUCUCAGUUACCAGAACUUCGUAUGGCACGCUCAAAGCCGGAUGGCAAUCCGUGGAUGUCAAGGUCCUCUGCAGCUCCUAAAUGCUUGGAUGUUCGUGUUGAUGUCCCUGAAGGUUAG